UCUCUCUCCCUCUCCCAUUCAUUCACAACCCUCUCAUUGCCAGCCUCUCUCUCUCUCUCUCUCUGUGAAAUGGCCGUACUUCUCAAAAUUCCCCAACUCCUCUUCUCCGCAUUCCUGUUCGUCUUGCUUUUUCGAUCGUCUUCUUCAUCCACAGUCAUCAAAGACGAGAUUCUGUACAACUCGCCUCCACCAAUUGGGGUAGCCUGCACAAUGUGCUCCUCCUGCGACAACCCAUGCCACCCCAUCACAUCUCCUCCACCACCUUCCCCUCCUCCGCCCACCCCAUCUCCUCCGCCUUCGUCGAUGUCGUCCGAAUGCCCUCCGCCGCCGUCACCGCCCAGUUCCGAGUCACCACCCAGUUCCGAGUCACCGCCCAGUUCCGGCACCUACUACUACUCUCCGCCCCCACCCUCCAGUACCUACCUCUACGCCUCCCCUCCGCCUCCCGCCACCACCACCGCAAUCUAUCCUCCGCCCAAGUACAAUAACUUCCCUGCGCCGCCCCCUCCCAACCCCAUCUUCCCUUUCUUCCCUUUUUACUUUUAUAGCCCUCCGCCCGCGCCUGGCUCCUAUUCCGACUCUGUUCGCUUGAGGCCUUUUCCGUCUUUUUCUCUCUUUCUUCUCUUCCUAUGUUUUUUCUAAUAAGAUGGUGACGCGAGUUUAGCAGAUUUGCAGAGACGGCUUCGAAUUGUCUGAAUUUCCGAAAAUGCCCAUCCGGAUCUGCUGAAGGAGAGGCGCGUCUCGGGUACGGGUUUCGUUCCGAAAGGUAGGAACGAAGGCACGGCAUCAAGUGAAAUUCGAAGCCCUUCUCUCCGUUGGGAACUGAUCUGUAAUUUUCAGGUGUAUUUUGGUAUUUUAUUUUAAUAAAUAAAUGAAAUUUAGCAAUUUUUAAUUAUAUAAAUAAAGUUGCAUUAGAGAUAUGAGAACAUGAAUCCAUGACAGACUGUUUUCUCUGU